AGACACUGUUCAAACUGAACACCCUGCCAACAUGUGGAAGGCAGUGGUUACAGCAGCAGUUGCCUUAGCAUUGCUCUUGUGUCAGAGCAGCUCAUUGGAUAACGGACUGGCUCGGACACCCCCCAUGGGCUGGCUGGCCUGGGAGAGGUUUAGGUGUAACGUGGACUGUGUUGAUGACCCUUACAACUGCAUCAGUGAGCAUCUCUUCAUGCAGAUGGCGGACCGUCUGGCUGAGGAUGGGUGGAAGGAUGCCGGUUAUGAUCACAUCACGAUAGACGACUGCUGGAUGUCCAUGGAGCGGGACGACCAGGGAAACCUGUACGCCAACAAGACCAGGUUCCCCAACGGCAUCAAGAAACUGGCAGACUAUGUGCAUUCUAAAGGCUUGAAGCUGGGUAUUUACCUGGACUUUGGUACGCACACCUGCGGAGGCUACCCGGGGUCCAUCAAGUACCUGCAGCAGGACGCAGAGACCAUCGCCGGGUGGGGCAUCGACCUGCUCAAGAUGGACGGUUGCUAUGCCAACGUGUCCGACAUGUCGUGGGGUUACCCAGACAUGGAACAGUACAUGAACAAGACGGGACGUCCCAUCCUGUUCUCCUGCAGCUGGCCGGCAUACGCUGGGGGCAUCAAGGUUGACUACUCAAGUCUGGAGAAACACUGCAACAUGUGGCGAAACUACGACGACAUACAAGACUCCUGGGACAGCGUAACCGGCAUUAUCGACUGGUACGGCGACAACCAGAACAUUCUCGCGCCAGCCGCCGGCCCUGGGCACUGGAACGACCCCGACAUGCUGAUCGUUGGAGACUACAGCUUGAGUUAUGAGGAGUCCAAAGCCCAGAUGGCGAUGUGGGCGAUCCUGGCCGCGCCGCUCUUCAUGUCCAACGACCUUCGCUCCAUCUCUGCGGAGGCUCGGUCCAUCCUCAUGAACAAGGAGGUCAUCCGCAUCAGCCAGGACUCCCUCGGCAUGCAGGGGAGGAGAAUCAUCAAGGGUGAAGACAAGAUCGAGGUGUGGACGAGAGAGAUAGAGUCCCCGUUUCUUCCAUCCUACGCGAUCGCCUUUCUGAACAGACGCGCAGACGGGGAACCGUACAACUAUACCGUCACUCUGGGAGACCUGAACUUAUUUCAGUACAUGGGGUACGCCAUAGAGGACGUGUUCACUGGCUAUGAGUAUGGUCACUAUGACUUGUACAGAGAGCUAACUGUCAGCAUAGCUCCGAACGGGGUGGUUCUUCUGUAUGCUUACCCGUCGAAGUAAAGAUGCGGUCAAGCAUUCGUCGUAUGACGAUUUUGAUGUUGUAGGAGCUCGGGUUUCAAGCAAACUGUGACAGAACCAACCACUGACAAGGAUUUCAGAUAGCAUUCUCUCUAUCUUCUGAACUUUCUCAGUUAUCAAUUGUUUUAUUGUACGCGUUCUGUUAACCACCAUUGAAGACCGUACUGCCUUCAUAAAUGCUGUUACCAUCAUGUAGGUUAGCUUUAAAGAAUGUUUCUUGAAUAAAGGUGGAAUAAAGGUGAGUUUGUAAAACA